AUGCAAAAACGAUAUUUUCCGAAUCCUAUCGUUAUUAUGUGUGGGUCUGCUCAAAAAUGGGCGAAAAUCAAAAAUUUAUCUUCGACAUCCAAAAAGUCCAAGGAUAUUAAGCAAGAUGACGAAAAAAUCAAAUUCAAAUACCAUUAUUGGACAAACCAAGAAAUCGAGAAAUUAAAAAUUUUUUCAUUGUUUAAUAAGCAUGAUGCAGAUUGGCAAGAUCGAUAUUUGCGAGAACAUUUCCCUAAUAGGACCGUUAGAGCGGUUAAGAAAAAAUGUUGGCAAUUGAAAUAUGGAAAUGAUACUUUAUUGCCCGAAGAUAUCCAAAAAUUACAUGAAGCUGUAAAGAAAUUCGGUUUCAAGUGGUCGAUUAUUUCCAGAAGGUGUUUUGAUUCAAAAGUACAGCCAAUCUAUUUAGAGAAGUUUUAUAGAAAAGAGAAUAAGAAGCAUGGAAAUACCAAAACUGAGCAUCAAAAAUCAGCAAAAGUUCAAACUCUAGAAAACAGCUCAAAAUAUAUAACGCAAAAGAAUGGUUUCGUCACCGCAUCUCAAAAAAUAGAAGAACCUUUCUGUAAAAACCAAAGUAGCGUUCUCGAAAAAAUUAUACGAGAUAUUAAGAGUGGCAUUGAACAUUUGAAUACCGGACCAUGGCAUCCAGACGAACAAAUGGACUUUGAACAUGCAUAUAAGAGAUAUGGUCAAAAUUGGGAUCUGAUUUCUGAAGCAAUUGGAUCUAGAAGCAAAGAUCAAUGUGAAGAUUAUUGGAGAUCAUCUUUCAUUAAGCAAAAUUUUUUCAUUAAGAAUUGA